AUGGGGAAGGCAAGCAAAUGGAUUCUGAACUUUCUGAUAGGAAAGCAGGAGAAGAAGAACCAAGCUCUUUUGACUGACCAAUUUACGUCUUCUACCAACAGAACAAGCCACCCGGGGACUCCAAAAGUUAAGCGAAGAUGGAGCUUCGGAAGAUCAUCUCACAGGGUUUCUAAAUCUGCUGAUUCGAUUGACACAACUACAUUGGCAUUGAAGCCUCAGCAGAAUCUUGCUGCAUGUGUAUCAAUACAGGCUGAGAAUGCUGCUGCUACAAGGAUCCAAGCCGCCUUUCGUGCUCAUUUGGCAAGGAAAGCUUUACAUGCCUUAAAAAGUCUAGUGAAAUUACAAGCACUCAUAAGAGGUCAUUUUGUGAGGAAACAGACUAAUGCUACCAUGAGGCGCAUGCAUGCUUUGUUGGCUAUCCAGGUUCGAGCUCGCGUACAGAGAAUUCAGAUGUCUGAGGCAGCUGCACAGGUUGAAAAUAAAAAGCAGUCCUCUUUCAAAAGAGGUUCCCCUCAUCCCAAUGAAGUUCAUAGGAAGAAAAUCUAUAUGACUUCUAAUGAAUCACAAAUAGUUAUGAAGAGUACAAGUGGCCAGCUGAACCAUGCACAAACUGAUCAGAUUCAUCAGAGGAUUGAUCAUAGCUACACAUCAUUUUCUUCUGAUCGGCGGUCCAUCUCAAACCGGCACAGAUACAAUGAAACAUUGUUCAUAACACCAGAAACUAGUCCCCAAAUGCCUUCACCCAAACCAAAAUCCACAAGGCCCUACAUCCCUUUUCAACAGCAUGAUUCUCUAGUUGAGCCUAUAUGUUAUGAAUACUCAUUCAUGCCUAGUUACAUGGCCAACACACAAUCUUCAAGUGCCAAAAAAGUCAGGUCACAAAGUGAGCCUAAACAACGACCUGAUGGGAGCAACAAACAUAAAAGCCAGCAUACAGAACUGGUAGAUUCAAGAGAUGAACAAUUUCUGAGACGUUCGUCUUCAUACCUCAAAUCUAAUGAUUAUAAAAACCAUGAUCCCUGGUUUGGUAAGCUUUACAGACCAAGAAGAUUGUUUGAGGAGAACAAGUAUGAAUACAUUAAUCCAAGUCAUCCCAAGUAUACUGAAUCUCUAGCUUCAGAGCCCCAUGUGAUUUUGUACUAA